GGAAGCUGGACGGCCGGUCGUCACCUCUGUACAGUACACGCUACACUUCGGGUGACAGAAAUGAUAAACUUAAGAGCCCUCAUCGUCCUGCUGGCAGCGGCAGCUGUCACUGCAGACUCAACGGACUCCAGCACAACUGCUGCACCAGGUGCUGCAGCUGCAGACCCCUCAACUCGAUUCUUCUUCGGCGCCUCUCCCGGAGGCCUGGGUGUUGGCCUCGGUGGAGUCGGACCUGGACAAGGCUUCGGAGGACAGCCUGGCUUUGGGGGACAAGGUUUCGGAGGACAAGCUGGCUUUGCUGGACAAGGUUUUGGUGGACAGCCUGGCUUUGGAGGACAAGGUUUCGGCGGACAAGCUGGCUUUGGAGGACAAGGUUUCGGUGGUCAACAAGGUGGCUUCGGUUUUGGAGGACGACCUGGAUUUGGUCAACAAGGAUUCCGCCCAGGAUUCGGUCAAGCCGGAUUUGGCCAGCAAGGAUUUGGUCGACCAGGAUUCGGUCAGCAAGGAUUCGGCCAGCAAGGAUUCGGACAAGGAUUUGGUCAGCAAGGAUUUGGCCAGCAAGGAUUUGGCCAGCAAGGAUUCGGACAACCUGGAUUCGGACAAGGAUUCGGUCAACAAGGAUUUGGUCAGCAAGGAUUCGGUCAGCAAGGAUUUGGCCAGCAAGGAUUCGGACAACCAGGAUUCGGACAAGGAUUUGGCCAGCAAGGUUUUGGUCAAGGACAAGGUUUCCGGCCAGGAUUUCAGGGCGGAUUAAACUCUGGAUUUGAUUUGAGGUCCAACCCUUCAGCCACGACAUCUGCUGACGCGACGGCAGCCACAACUACGAUUGAUAGACCGUGGCUCUCACUGGUAGGGGAGAGCGCAGGCGUUAAAAAUGUUAUCAGUUGCGAAGGUGGCACGGCUAAAGAUAUAAGCAGACGUGUGGCGGGCUACCGCGUACUGUGCUGCUACCUUCAGGCAAAGAUGAAGUCCCCGCGCUGGAUGAUCCUCGUCGUGCUCAUAGCAGCGGUCGCUGCAGACGACGAUAACCUCGGAAAGUCUGCAGAUGGCGCAACGGCAGCUGCUGCAGACGUAGCAGCUGCUGCAGGACCUCCUGCAGGAACUCCUGCUGCAGGGGAGCAGCAGACCAGGUUCGGUCCAGGUCUCCUGGGUGCAGUGGUCAACGCAGGUGCGUCGCUCAUCAACUCAGCCCUCGGGGGACAAAGUCAUGGCCUCCAUGGACAUCACGGAGGCGGUUUCGGCCAUCGAGGGGACCAAUUUGGUGGACAUCAAGGUUUUGGAGGUGGAGGUUUUGGUCAUGGAGGACAGUUUGGACCUGGUGGCCAUGGACACUUUGGGGUAGCCCGGCCACCUCGUCCAGGAGGUUUUGGAGGAUUCGGAGGAAGACCGCAAAGGCCUGGUGGGGUAUUUCCGGGCGGUAGACCAUUUGUUCCUGGUGGAUUCCAACAUGGAGGAUUAGGUGGUCACGGGGGUGGAUUCGGAGGUCCAGGAGGUGGAUUUGGUGGUGAAAAAGGAGGAUCAUGUCCCCCCGUGCGAGCAUCGUGUCCUACUCGGUCCAACAUCGGACCGACGCCAUGUGCUAACGACUUCGGCUGCCCUGCUGCCGACAAAUGUUGCUUCGAUACCUGCCUCCAAACGGCGGUCUGUAAGCCGCCUGAGCCUUUCCAUGGAUGAACAUCGAAAAGCUACUCUUGAUGAUUUAAUAUUUUAUUUAUAUUAUUAGCAUCAAGUUUGAAUUUAUGCUUCAAACUUGUUAUUACCUAUUAGUUUAGGUAUUAAUUUUUAUUAAAAUAUUUUCCAGAUCAUUUUGUAUAAAAUUGUUCCUAUUUGUGUGUACAUAGCCUCAAAUAAAUUGACAGUGAGUAAUUUGGAAGCAGCAAGUUGUCAAAAUAGCGAAUUUGCGAAACGAAUAGUUUUUAUAUCUCUUUACGUAUAAACGUAGUGUUUAGCCAAGUACUUGCAGGAGUAGACGGUAAAAUUUUUCAGAUAUUCUGCUGCCGACAAAUGUUGCUUGACAAAAUAUUUUACAAUGACUGUAAAUUUGAUUUUAGAUUUU